AUGGAGGUUUUCCUGUGCCCCGCUUGCCGCUUGCCCCUGUGGGAGCCGGUGACCGUGUCGUGCGGCCAUUCCUUCUGCAGGAGGUGCCUGCGAGGGGAUUUGCCUUCCAAGUGCCGCCUGUGUGGGGACAGGCUUGUCCUGCCGGGCUCCGGGGCGGUGCCGUGCAACGUCCUGCUCUGCGACCUGUUGGAGAAAUGCUUGGCUCAAGACGCCAGGCUGGCCAGGCUGAAAAUCGACCUGGAGGACCAGCUGGGGAGUGGAGCCUACAAGGGGGCGUUGAGAGUCCUCCAGAAAGGAGUCGGCUUGGCUCCAGAUGAUCUUGAACUGAGGAUGUGCCGUUCAGAAGUGUAUGUUGCUUUGCAGCGAUACCCAGAGGCUCUGAAAGAUUUGGAGGUGCUGUGUGUUCAAGAACCAGAAGAAUGUGAGGUUUUUUUCCAGAAGGGAAAGGUUCUUCUGGAGAUGGGACAUAAAUCUGAAGCCCUGCAGCAGUUCCAACAUUGCCUCGCACUGAAUUCUGAAUUCCAUGCUGCUCAGUAUGAGACAGAAAAGAUUCUCACAAGUGAUGACUCCCUUCUUCCAGGCACUGUUGUGGAGCUGAAGAGUGAUGUCAAUCAGAACUUGAAAGGGUCAAAUUCAGGGAAAAACCUAACUUUAGUUGUGCCUUCUGAAGAAGAGUGGCUACAGGAUUUGAAGCAAAGCAAAGGCAUUUGGGAGGAAGCAACUAUGUCUGAGCAGAACCUAGCAUCAUUUUCCUUGCCAGAGUGGUUGCGGAAGAAGUCUAAUUCUGGUGUUUCAGUAAAGAAGGAAGAAGAAACAACAGGAGCCAAGUCUACUCAGGACAUUAGGAGCCUCUUGAGUACAUCCGACUUGGAAUGUUCUCUUUGCAUACGCAUAUUCUUUGAGCCAGUAACGACACCUUGUGGCCAUACUUUCUGUAAAGAGUGUCUGGAGCGCAGCCUAGACCACAGGCCCAACUGCCCACUCUGCAAACAGAGCCUGAGAGAGUACCUGAAGGCUGGGAAAUACAGUAUCACAGUAGUACUGGAGGAGCUUAUGUCGACCAUCUUCCCCUCACAGUUGGCAGACAGGAAGCAGAUCCACCAGACUGAGAUGGCUGAACUCUCAAACCUCACCAAGAAUAUCCCUAUCUUUGUGUGCACACUGGCCUUUCCAGGCAUUGUGUGUUCCCUUCAUGUGUUUGAGCCUCGCUAUCGCCUUAUGAUUCGAAGGUGUCUGGAGACCGGCACAAAGAUGUUUGGCAUGUGUAUGUCUGAGAAUGGGAAGAGCUUUGCUGAUUAUGGCUGUAUGUUGGAGAUUCAGAAAAUAGAUUUCCUUCCUGAUGGACGGUCUUUUGUGAACACCACAGGCAAACGGAGGUUCCGGGUUUUGAGACGGGGGCACAAGGAUGGUUACAACACUGCUGAUAUUGAAUACCUGGAAGAUGAAAAGGUAGAAGGAGAAGAACUGGCUGAGCUCCAGAAUUUGCAUGACUAUACAUACCAGCUAACACAGAGGUUUUAUGAAAAUGGCUACAUGACCUAUAGGCACAACUUGAUGCACUAUGGCCCCCUUCCUGAGAAAGAGGAGGACAUGCAGGCGUCUCCUGAUGGACCAGUUUGGUGCUGGUGGAUUGUAUUAACCUUGCCCCUUGACGUGACCCGCAAGUUGGCUAUCUUUUCGGACACAUCCCUGAAGAGCCGUCUCACUCAGCUGAAGAAUAUUCUGAAUGUCAUUUUGGAAAGCAGCGAAUUCAGUAGCUAGCUCUCCGGUGUCAUCCUGGGAAG